AUGACUUUCCAGCUGAAAACUGAAGCUGGAUUCUUUGACCUGCACUGCUCUGUGGGUCUGACCGACUGGGACAUGGAUAAGGAGCUGAAACUGGCAACUACCACUGACCAAAUUUAUCACGAUGACAUAACGAAUGAUCCAUAUGUGGCCCAAAGACCCUCUGCAAGGGCCUCCAGAAGAAAGGAUGACUUUAUUUGGUAUGAUAAAACAUCAGAUACAUUUGUUAAACCAAACCUGUGGCUUUUGGUGAAUCCCAACAUUGCAUGUCCGCUCCAGUACAAUCACCAGUCUGAACCGGUUGCCUCGGUCUCCAGCCGUCUGCCUCAGUUAGAGCCUGGAGAGAUGCAGGAGGAGAUAAAGGAAGAAGAGGUCUCCAGUCGACCAACCAGGACCAGACGCAAGGGGAGAAUCACAAAAGUUGUGGACCUGAAGUCCUUAAAACCGGGGUGCUGGCCUCGUCCACCAGUGAAUUAUUGCAUCCUUAUUUCUUUGGCACUAAAGAGCAGCCAAACUGGGAGCCUCAAAGUCCAGCAGAUUUACAACUUUACCAGAGAACACUUCCCCUUUUUCCAGACAGCUCCAGAUGGCUGGAAAAACACAAUCCGCCACAACUUGUGCUUCAGCAGCAGCUUCCGUAAAACCUGCAACCAGCUCUGCAAAGUGGGGAAGAGGAAGUCAUGUUUCUGGCACUUAACUCUGGACGGACAACGCCGGCUACAGGAUGAGAUUCACAUGUUGACUGGUGAAACCCUAAAGAUGCUAGAGAGGAGCAUGUCUAAACCAGGUGUGGAAGCAGAUUUCUAA